UAAGCAAUCAUCUGUUCGGAGAUUGUAUAUUUAUUCAAUUCGUUUGCUUAAUUCUGUAGGAAAAACUAUAUUUGUUGGCCAAAAGUAUCUCCAUUUAACCCUUUCAGAAUGUCAAAGGUCACGGUACAGGACAUAGAAGCCGUUGAUGAUUAUUGGGGCCCAACCUUUCGCUCAAUUUUGGAAGGAGACAAUAAGGAGACCAUAUCGGAACAAUUGGAGCAACGCAUACGCAGCCAUGACAAAGAUAUUGAACGUAUAUGCAAUCUCUCCUAUCAGGGAUUUAUUGAUUCCAUACAAGAAUUGCUGCAGGUACGAACACAAGCCCAUCAACUAGCCACAGAGGUACAGACCUUGGACAAAUCGUUGCAACAAAUAAGCGCCUCGCUCAUACAGCAAGGUAAUGAACUGGUUAAAGCUCGACAAAUAGAAUCGAAUUUGGCCUCAGCUAUAGAGGCUCUGAAGGAAUGUCUACCCGCCUUGGAAUGCUAUAUAAAAUUCUGUCAACAGGCCUCCAAUAAACAAUACUAUCAAUCCCUAAGAACUUUGGAAACCUUGGAAUUACAACAUUUGCCCAAGCUGCAGAGCUACAAAUUUGUGACGCAAAUGCGUCAUGCCAUACCGGUGAUAAAGGAAAACAUAAGACGUUCCUCCGAAGCAGAUUUUCGUGAAUUUCUAGAGAAUAUACGCAGAUUUUCGCCCAAAAUAGGCAAGGAAGCCAUUGAGCACACAAAGAAGCUGCAAAAACGUGAUAUCAACACCAUCAUUGAAGACCAUAUGAAAGCUUUGAACAAUCGUGACAAUGCCGCAGAUGAUGAUAAUUUAAGUGCACAAGAUUUAAUAGAUUUCUCUCCCAUUUAUCGUUGCCUUCACAUCUACACUGUGUUGGGACAGCGAGAAUACUUUGAGAAAGACUAUCGCCAACAGCGCAGAGAUCAAUCGAAAUUGGUGCUUCAGCCACCGCCGGGCAUGCAUGAUAAUUUGGAUGCUUAUAAAUUGUAUAUAUGUGCCAUUGUGGGCUUUUUUGUGGUGGAAGAUCAUGUGAAGAACACCGCGGGAGAUGUAGUAACUACAAGCUACCUGGAGGAGCUGUGGUCUACCUCCUUGACGAAAUUUGUCAACGAAAUAAGCAUGAGCUCCUCAUCGUGCACAGAUCCCAAUAUACUGCUGAGAAUAAAAAAUCUGAUUAUGUUGUCCAUAAACACCUUCAAAUGUUACGGCUACACAGUGAAUGUGCUGUGGGAGUUGCUGCAGAAUAUGAGGGAUCAUUACAAUGAGGUUCUGCUGCAGCGUUGGGUUCAUGUAUUUCGUGAUAUACUGGAUAAAGAGCAAUUUCUGCCUAUGGUUGUGGAAAAUCAAGAGGAAUAUGAAUCGAUUAUAGAGCGUUUCCCCUUUCAUUCGGAACAAUUGGAAAAUGCUCCAUUCCCCAAAAAGUUCCCCUUUUCUCGCAUGGUACCCGAAGUUUAUCAUCAGGCAAAAGAAUUUAUGUAUGCCUGCAUGAAAUUCGCCGAAGAUUUGACGCUAUCGCCCAACGAGGUAGCAGCCAUGGUACGUAAAGCUGCCAAUCUUUUGCUGACACGCAGCUUUAGUGGCUGUCUUUCGGUGGUAUUUCGUAAUCCCAGUGUGGCCUUGCCCCAGUUAAUACAGAUUAUUAUUGAUACACAAUACCUGGAAAAGGCUAGUCCUUUCUUAGACGAAUUUGUUUGCCACAUGACCAAUACCUCAAGUGUAACACAAUCACCUUCAGCUAUGUUCCAUGUGGCGCGACAAGAUGCCGAGAUGCAGGUGGGCAUACGUAUAUGCUCUAAAAUAGAUGAAUUCUUUGAGCUGUCAGAAUAUGACUGGUUGUUGGUAGAACCACCGGGAAAAGCCUCGGCUUUUAUCACCGACAUGAUUUCCUAUUUGUCCAAUACGAUUGAAAGUUUUGCCUCCAAGCUUCCCAGCAUAGCGCAGACUGCUUGUCAUCGUACCUGUGAACACAUAGCAGAAAAAAUAUGGUCAGUGCUAUUUGAUGAUGAGGUGAAGCAAAUCUCAAAUGGCGCCUUGCAUCAAAUCAAUUUGGAUCUCUUGCAAUGUGAAUUUUUCGCUGCCAAAGAUCCAGUAGCUGGCCUCAAGGAAGGUGAACUAUCCAAAUACUAUUUGAAAUGCCGCCAACUACUGGAUCUGCUAACCAUGGAGGAGUGGGCUACAUAUUUGCAUGAUUACGGCACAAAAGAGGACCGGUAUAAUCUGGUCCAUCCUCAAUCGAUCAUUGUUAUAUUAGAGAAAAUAAGAGAAGCGGAUAAGAAAACAAUGUUUUCGGGUUUGAGAAAGAAUGAUAAGAAGAAACUGCUGGAAACAGUUUUAAAACAAUUAAAACAUUUAGCCGAAAGACAAAACUAAAAAUAUGAAUAACUCUCAAACAUUUCCUACUACCCUUAGAACACACACAUACACCGAUAGAAAGAGACAAACAUUCCUCAAAGAGAUUUUGAGAACAAUAUUUAAAAGAAAUUGGUAUUAUUAGUUAUGGAUUUGGUUUUAAAUCACAUAAAGAAAAACUUUUUUCCCCCCAAUCCACUUAUAUUCACAAUUAUGUUCAUAUAACUUAAUUUUUUUGUAGGCUUUAAAAGUGGCAAAUAAAACAAUUAUUUAUAUUAA